AACUGAUCGGGAUUUCUGUCGGGAUUUCUGUUAGACUCGACUUUCUGGAAAUCCUGGAAAACUGUUAUAAUAUUAAAAUAUCUUACUUAAGUUACCGAACUAAUGCUAACGAAAAUCUAAUAUAAACUAGAAUGAAUAUCUCAACGAUUUGUAAUUCCAGCCAUGAAUUAAUUAAAAAGAAUGAAAAUGAUCUAUUUGAUGAUUGUACGAUUUUUUAUAUUAUAACGAUUAUUAUGUAGGCUAUAUUACAUACUCCAAUAGAUAUGGAUUAUUUCGUUUUAAGAUUUCAUCGUUUUUUCUUCAAAUAUUUUAUUACAAAAUUGACUUGUUCCCAUCAUAUUCGUUAGAUUUAAAUUAGUUAAAUAAUACUUAAGAUCUUCUCUAACUUUAAAAUAACUAUUGUUCAAGACAUGGAGGAUUCAGAUUGUUAUAUUUGUAUUAUGAAAUAUAUAUUUCUUUAUCUUAAAAUAUUUGGUUUAUCAGGGAUUAUUCCUGAUAAAUUGUGUAAGCAUGAAUCGGGACGACAUUCUAAUAAAAGGCAAGUAAUCGAGUUUCUUAUCACUUUACUGUCUUGGGGACAAUUUUCCUUUUGGUUUACUUUGCUUGUAAUUGAAAUUAAAUACGGAUUAGGCAAUACUUUUCAUCAUUUAAAUUUUUUAAAGAAAUAUACAAAUGGAAUUAGAUUUUUCCUAAAUUUUCAAACAAAUUUGAUAUUUUUCUAUUCAUGUAUCCAAGUUAUUUUCAAUUUCAUUCGAAAUAAGGACAUAGCAUUACAAAUUGUAGAAUUAUGGCAUAAACAAUCACAAAACAAGCCAUAUUUUUCUUCUAAAAGUGGUAUUCCAAAGGUUGUAAGAGGAUCAAAAAUUGUUGGCUUAUGUUUACCUUUCAUCAUGAUCAUUGUCGUAAUAGGAAUAACAUCCUUGUUUAAGCAAAUUUACAGAGAAGCAAUACGGGAAAUUGGUUACUUAAGAAGCUUAUUUUGUUUAAUAUUGUAUGUUAUAUCUUUUUGUUACGGAUUUGGAAUUUUUAUGACUGCGUAUAUCUACGUCGUUUUCAUAUGUUUCAUUUCAAGAAACAAGUUCAUCGAAAUUGCAAAUGAAUUAAAAACUUUCAAGGAAAAUCCUGAAAGAAUAAAAUAUUUUAAAACAAUCCAAAGUCGCCACAAUAGUGUUUGCAAAUUAGUAGAGUUGUUUGAUAACGUUUUUCGAUAUUACAUAUUUCUAGUAUAUUUCCAUAUGCUCCCUUUGACUUGUUUCAUGUCUUAUCAAGCUUUGUUUGAAGGGAGACCAGCUAUUAUAACUAUAGCUAUAAUUACUGUUGUACUAAGCAUGGUUCUUACUUUUACUUCUUUAACGAUCAUCUGUGGAUCAGUUACUUCUGCAGCAGAUUAUCCUCGCAAAAUUAUUCAUGAAAUUUUUAACUUGGAAAUCCCAUCGGAAAUUCGAUUACAAGCGACGAUAUUUUUACGAAGAUUGAAUGGACCGACAAUAGGUUAUACCUGUCUCAACCUAUUCGUAAUAACGAAAAAUACUUUGUCCAGUAUGCUGAGUAUAUUUAUCACCUAUUUUCUUCUUUACAUACAAUUUAUGAAAGAAUAAUUAUUGGCAUUUUCGGAAAACAAAAAGUGAAUCAUGGUGCUAUUCAUAUAUUGGAUUUUAAAGAAAUAUUUGAUUUUAAAGAAUAUUUGAAAUGCAAAUAUGAAUAUUUCUAUUACUUGUUGAACUAUUUUCUCACAUUAAACAAUUAUAUAGUUAUAUAAACUAUAUGUAUAUAUUUUAAAUAGUUUAUAUUAACGAAACUUAAUUUGUAUACUUUUAGAAGAUUAUUACUUUUUAAAAUCUUUUUCUUAUCCUACAAACUUAUAUUUAAAAAGUGUAAAAUACAACAGUUAAUAUACUAUUUAUCAUUGUGCUAAGUAAGAAAAAUUCAAAUUUUAAAAUAAUCUUAUAAUUUUUCAUUAUUUAAUAACUAAUGCAUUUGUAUGCAUUAGUUAAUGCAUAACAAUAUGCAUUAACUAAAUGUAAGUAUUGAAAUACAUACUCUUGACAUGAGAAUGCUGCUAAUGAAUAAAUUAAUAGAUUGUAAAUUCAGACACGUUAAUGUUUUGUUUAAUACAAAAAUUUUAAACAAAAUAACAAACAUUUUUGUUUAAAACAUUUUAGAUUAUAACAAAGCAUUCUUUUAUGAGGACGAGUCAAAAAAGGAAGAGUAAGAGUGAAUUUGUUACUCACGAAAUACAUUAGGUAGGGUUUAGGUUUAUAAAUUCUUUUUUCAAAGUAGUCCCUAUUGACUUGGCAGACAAUUACUGUAUAUACAAGUCAAUGGAAGACGUACUUAAACCCAUCUUUUGACAUCAUCUUUAGGAUAGUAGUUGAUGAAUCAAAACACUGAUCAACAGCUCCAGUUUUAUAGGAGUGAACAAAUUGUCAACAAAGUCCGGUCUGUAUAGAGAAUGCGGCACACAUUCGAUAUUUUAUCAGGUCAAAUAUUGUAAAACAAAGUUGGCAAAGUGAGGGCUUGCAUUAUCGCAGUGUAAGCGCCAACCAGUUUGAUGCAGCUCAGGGUUUUUACGUCGAAUGUUUGGCCAAGGAUUUCAAAGUUAUCACGUGAUACUGCCCAAAAACCGCUGAAUGCAGGAGCACUUUAUGUUGAUAAACUGUUUCACUAACCGAAGAAGGAAAUCACCAUUAUCUUUUUCACAUUCCGUACAACCUUGGCCAUGGGAUAUGUACAGUGUAUUAAAGCAUCGAACAUCAACGGAUGCCACGCCUUCUACAGCCAUGUCAUUACUCCGACGUGAGGUUUUUUUGUUCUCUCAUCUGAAAUUAGAGCUGCGGGACCUAUAGACCUACGUUCGGUUCAUUAACAGGCAUUCUGAAGAAUAUAUAAUAGCAUUAUUUAACUGUAAAGCCUAAUGUAAAAUUCAGUGAGAUAGCUAGAGGAGCCAUUGGAAUUACUCAAAACAUACCUACUACUAAAUAAAAUUAAAUACCGUAUUUACUCGGAUAUAACACGAUCUCGCAUAUAGGACGAGGUGUGACUUUAA